AUGGCUGUUGUGCGUCUAGCUUCUGGAAUCAUCUCUGAGUCGUCUCAGGCCGCUGCUGUGCGUGAUCCUCCUGAGGCAGGCAGUGGUGGCAGCAACGUGCAAGUUCCAGACAGUGACGAGGAUGCUAUUAGCGAGGAUAUUGGCGGUGGCAUUCGAGGUGCUUCGGUUUGCAACGGUAAUGACGGUUCUAUCCGUGGUGAGAAGGGAGAAGUAGGGAGUCAGUACGGCGGUUGUGAUAGUGGUGAAGGGGAGGGUGGAGGCGAUAGUGGCAGUAAGGAGGGUGGAGACGAGGGUUGUGACAGUAAGGGGGGUGGAGGUGAGAGAUGUGACAGUAAGAUUAAUAAAAGGCGGAGGGGCAGUUCUGGGAAAAUUGAAAAGAGGACGGAAAAGGUGGAAGGGACAGAGGGCAGCACACGUGGUGACAGAGAGAGGACGGCGGCGAUAGCAGAGACAGAGGGCAGCACACGUGGUGCAGCAGGAGAAGCUACCAGCAGAAACGAAUGCAGGGAAAGUCCUCAGCCCAAGCGUCGCAAGGGUGCACGAGCAAGUGGUUCUGGCGCUGCUGGUGCAAAGGUAGCAGGUUCGCCUUCAACCCGAGGAGAAGCUAUUGCAGGAGCAGCUGCAGCAGCAGCAGCAGCAGCAGCAGCAGCAGCAGAAGAAGCAGCAGAAGCAGAAGCAGCGGCAGCAGCAGCAGAAAGCACGGUUAAAGGCAGCUUGCCAAAAGACAAAACGCCUAAAAGUCGAACACCGAAAGGCAGUUCGCAAAAAGGCAUAACGCCUAAAGGCUACUCCCCUCUGUCCCUAGUCAAGAGCAGCCCUCAUUCCACACCUUCGUUUCAAUCACAACCCCAUUCAUUGUCACUGCCACUGUCACUCACGGUUGCUCGUUCUGAUUCCACUCACAAGUCCCCGUUAUUGUCACACCGGGUGUUGUCACUGCCUAUGGAUUCUAUUGAAGAGGAUGAGAUGACACCUUUGCUGUCACCUCUGUCAUUGUCACGUCCGGCUGUUUCUGCUGGCUCCACACAAAAGCCACCGUUACUGUCACAUCCUCAAGGCGAGGGGGAGGAGGGAAUGGAGGGAAAUGAAGAUGAGGGAAAGGAGGGCGGAAAGGAAUCUGUGCUGAUAUUGGAAGGGAGGGAAGGAGAGGAGACACGGAAGGGAGCGAGAGUGGAGGGGAGAGAGGAGGGAAGGGAGGAGGGAGGAGUAAGGGGGGCAGUGGAGGGAAUGGAGGAAGGAAGAAAGAGUAGGAGAGAGGAUGGGAGAGAGGAGGAGAAAGAGGCGGGGAGAGGGGAGGGGAGAGAGGAGGGGAGAGAGGAUGGAAGAGAGGAGGGGAGAGAGGAGGGGAGAGAGGAGGGGAGAGUGAAAGAUGUGAAGAUAGGUGUGGAUGCUGAUGCAAUCAUAGAGGAGGGGGGUGAUGUGUGGGGCAGAGAGGAAGGAGGAAGGCGUGUGGAUAAGGAAGGUGGGAAAGAUGGUUCAGUCGUGAAAGAUGGGAAAAAUGUGUGUGGGGGGGGAAGUGCAGGUGGCGCGUGCAUAGAGGUGCAGCAUCCAGUACCAGUGCGGACGGAAAACAGCCACUCAAACUGUGUGUGGGGGGGAAGUGCAGGUGGCGUGUGCAUAGAGGUGCACCAUCCAGUACCAGUGCGGGCGGAAAACAGCCACUCAAACUGUGUGUGGGGGGGAAGUGCAGGUGGCGUGUGCAUAGAGGUUCACCAUUCACUGCCCGUGCGGACAGAGAACAGUCACUCAAACCCUGCGGGAGACUCGGGCAUGGGUGCUGUGUGCAUAGAGGUGCAGCAUCCACUGCCCGUGCUGGCGGAAAACAGCCACUCAAACUGUGUGGGAGGAAGCGGUAGUGUGUGUAUAGAUGUGCAGCAUCCACUGCCCGUACUGGCUGUGCACGUGUGGGAGGGGACGAGCAGCAGCUCAGGUUGCCGUUCUUGGGCCAAUGGUCGUGGUCGCUCAGAGAAGGUGCAUUCAGGUGCAUUCUCAUGUUGUCCUUCUGCGGGUGGUGGUGGCGCGCUCCAUUCCAACCUCGAGACAUUUCAAAAGCCGCAUGUGUGGGUGGAUGGGGGAGCGCGCAUUGCUGUGUGUAUGGGGAGGGAGGGAGAGGGAGAGCGGCUGAUUGUGGUGUAUGAAGCGACGUGUAGUGAGAGGAGUGCCAUGGCAGGGAGUGGUGUGGCAGGGAGUGGUGUGGCAGGGAGUGGUGUGGGAGGGAUAAGGCCACAAGAGACAGCAGGAGGAAAUGCGGGAGAAAACGCAGCAGGGAGGGAAGAGCUAGGAACGUCUCAAGAAGCAACCAAGCAUGUGGCUCCGUGGUUCAGGCUUGUGGGCAGCUCUGGCGUGAGAGUCGAGCAUGCAGAGGCACGGACGGAGUGCCGCUUCCUCGCCCCUCCGUUCCUCCCCUGCUCUCUCUGCCAGCGUCCCACGGUUCCCCUCCCUCUCAAGCCUCUCAAGCCUCUCAAGCCUCUCAAGUCCUGUUCUGAAGUCGCCCCUGGCCAGAUACCACCUCCCCCUUGCCUGCUACAGAAGCCAACCCUUCCUUCCACCGAGUCAUCUCCCUGUUCCCCCUGUCCAUAUACCACCUCCCCCCGGCCUGCUGCAGGAGCCACCCCUUCCACCGAGUCAUCUCCCUGGCUGCUGUGCCCCAACACACACUCGUUCCCCACACCCUGCCUGUGUGUAUCACCUGUCACAGGUCACCCCUGGCCAGGUACCACCUUCCCCCAGCUUGCUACAGGAGCCACCCCUUCCACCGAGUCAUCUCCCUGGCUGCUGUGCCGCACCGGCCUGGAUGGGUUCUGGGGUGCUCCCACGGCGGCUCAGUUGCUCUUUGGGGAAAGGGUGGACAGCAGGCAAAACGACGCACAUGAGCAACAAAACAUGUUGCCUGAAGAAGGGCGCAAGAUCACAGUAUUGACUGCGAGUGUGGGGGACAAUCAGCAGAGGGUUGUUGGGGAAGAGUGCAAGAUCACAGUAUCAACAGCGAGUGUGGGGGCCAAUCAGCAGAGGGUGGUGGUGCGGGCACCACAGCCACAGUCAGGCGGACACAGGCUGGCGUUUCUGAGCGCCAAAGGGAUGGCGGUGGGGCGUAGCAUAGCGGACAGGCAUAUUGUGGAGCAGCUACUGUCGGGGACUCGGGGAAGCACAAUUUACUGA